ACCAACCCACUUUAUGUGAUCCUUGAUAAUUGGCACUACCACAUGGUCUGCUACAUUAAUUAAUCAUCUUUUCACCCAACUUCUUAAAUCAUCAUAAUAUAUAUGAAUAUAUCAUUAUUAUUUUUAUUUAUUUAUAUAUAUAUUUAAAUGAUGGGCCAACCCUUUUUUUUAGGCUAUUAUACCUUAAUAGUGUCACUUCCUAUGCACAUUUAUAUAUACACCUUAGGAACACCCAAAAAAAUAUUGUGCCAUAUACCAAAACAUAUAGUAAAGUCUCUCAAACAAAAAAAAAGAAAAAUAUGAAUGCAACAUCACUAGAGAAGCAAAAGAAAGGGAAUUUAUAUGUGUACAAGUUUGCCACGGGUAGCCGGACGCCGGAGUAUCAAACUCCGGCGACAUCGGUGACAAAAAGAAUUAUUUCUUCUAGUGUAUGGGGUGGUCUAAGAAAAUCGAAACCCAAAUCGAAGCUGGAAAAGGAAAAGGAAUUGGAGGGAAAUGAAAGGAAAUCAGUGUCAAGUGUAGAAGGUAUAUUGUUGAGUUUGGUAAAAAGUAAUGAGAAAAGUAAUAAGGUAAAUAAUAUUAUAGAAGGGAGGAAAUCUACUUCUAAUAGUGAAGAAAUAGAGGGAAAGGGAAAGGAAAAGGAAUUCCCUUUCCCAAUAACAAAGGAUUUAUUACAAGGGAAAGGGGAAGGAGCAAGGAAAUCUGUUUCUCAUGUUGAAAAUAAUGUGGCUUAUGUUGGGAAAUUUGUGGAAAAAGCAAGGAAAUCAACAGGGGCAAAAUUGGAAAAUGACAUGGGUUCUGCCAUUGCAUUGUUGCAAGUUAAGGUUUUGGUAACUGAUAUGCCUGCUUUUAUGCAAAUUCAAGCUUUUCAAUGUGCAAGAAAUACUUAUGAUAGUUUGGAGAAAUUCAGUGCCAAGCAUAUUGCUUUCAACUUGAAGAAGGAGUUUGAUAAGGUAUAUGGGCCCGCUUGGCAUUGUAUCGUGGGCUCGAGUUUUGGGUCCUUUGUUACUCAUGCAACUGGCUGCUUCCUCUACUUCUCAAUGGAGAAAUUGUGCAUUUUGUUGUUUAGAACCAAAGUUCAGAGAGCUUUGCAAUAGUGAUAACUGAGAUGAUAAUUUAAAUUUUUAGAGAUAUAGGCCAGGUCUUAUGACACAUACCCUUUUUUUUUUUUUAAUAUAUCCUUUAGUUCUAUUUUUCUGAUCUGAGAUUGGUCAAUCACACAACAAAUUUGUAAAUGAUUACAAUUAAUGUAAGUUUGUGCAUAUAUCGAAGUAUAUUUCUUACCCCAUUUGUUAAUGUGUUUCAUAAAA